CGAAUGCUACCUGACCUACUGUAACUACAGAGUAAUGCACAGCACAUACGCCACCGCAAAGGCGAUGCAAGGGGACUCAGCCAGAGCUGUCAGAACUCAUAACACGGACCUUUUCCUUUCCCUCUUCCCAAAGACCAUCAAUUACCCGUUCAAGCACCCGGCCAUGGGCAUCACCGUGGCACUGCACACCUUGCUGCCUCAACCGCUAUGCAGUUGCCGACCGAGUGGCCAUUAGCGAUUACAGACCCGACUGAGCUUUUCGCAUCCGUCCGCGCUCAGAUACAGGCAUGACUCGUCAGUGUUGCCACUGUUUCAGGAUUCAUGGCGCAGGUACCAGGGUCUCAUCUAUCCCAUCCCAUCUCGUCGCUGUGCUUCUCUCUUACAGUGAUAGUGCAGGCAUUCGUCGAUGACAAAAGCCAUAUCAUUCCCAGGAGCGAUAAGACCAAGAGAAGGACAGGCACUCUGCUCUACCGCUCGACCGUCGGAAACUUUGGUCUCCAGUACAAGGAUUUGGAAGCUUGGAGUCUAGUCGUGGAGGGGCGCUCUAAAUGUCAAGAUUUUUCCUUGCCACGCCGACAAGUUACGACUACUGCUAACUUAUUCGAACACUCUCGUAGGCAAUACGAACAACGGCCCAUAACGCGACCAUGCAACUUUACUUAUUCAGCUCGAGAGACUACUAUCGGUCAAUCUCCACUGUCCACAAAGAAUUGCUCCAUUCUUCUUCUCUGUCCCCGUAACUCCAUCGCUGUCCAACAGCUAGUUAGAUUCCUACCUCCUUAGACAUCAAUUGGUGCCUACUGCUUAGCGGCGGUCAUUUAGUCAGGGGAGUAGCAAGUGAUUAAGCAAACGCCGAAAAGGAGG